AUGCAGCUCUUCCUGAUCAACUUCAUCCUUAUUGCCUACUACCUGUUCAGUGUCGUCCGUGCCGAUAUGACUACAGAUGCAAUUCAGUUGCAGGGCCUCGCUUCCGACACAGCGGACACUAUUUUCGCGUCGUUGAAUGGAACCGCAUAUCUCAAUACAUCGGACCUCGUAUCUCGAGUCACCGCUGCCGUCCAAGGAGCCGAUUCGAUGGUGAUAUCCAAUGUCUCCUCUUCGGGUACCGCAAACGUCACACUUAACGAUGCCUACUUCAACUUUGUCGAUUCGAUGCUCUACCUCGCCGAUACUGUUCAACGUCGCGGUCGCCUCUUCCACUCUGAGCUGAACCUUCCGGUUUACCAAGCUCUCCAGAACUUGUCUUCUGCCGUUUCUUACCUCGUGCAGACUUACGGUCACGACCUCACAUCACAUAGUUUGAUCCAGCGCAACAGCACCAUCCGCACCAUGACCACCGGCAGUGCCAUUGUCAAUGCACAAAGUGCGUGGGCCAACAACCAAAACUAUCCAGGCAAGAGAGAGACUUCGAGCUGGUCGGGCUGA